UAUAUACCACUAUCCAGCAGACGCAGGCAUCAAAUAUAUCUUGCCGUUCUUUGAACGAGACGUGACGUGAGUAAGCUAAAUAAACAAAAUCAAUAGAAAAUGAGUAAUUUGAAUAAAGAAGAGUUGGAUACGCUAAUAAAUACAUGUUUAAUUGCAAAGGAGUUCUCUUAUUCGCCUUACAGUAAAUUCCGCGUUGGUGCUGCCUUACUUUGUCAAGAUGGUAAAGUUGUUAAAGGGUGCAAUGUGGAAAAUGUGAGCUAUGGAUUAGCAAUUUGUGCUGAAAGAACUGCAUAUACUAAAGCCAUAAGUGAAGGUAGCCGUUCGUUCAGAGCAAUAGCAGUCUGUACUGAUGUCAAAGAUCAAUUUGUGUAUCCCUGUGGAGCGUGUCGUCAGUUUAUGUCCGAAUUUGGAGAUGUGGAAGUUAUUCUAGUUGAUAACGAUAGAAAUUACAAACGCUGUUUUUUGAAAGAACUUCUGCCAAACAGCUUUGAUAGCCAUGCAUUGACGAAGGGGCAACAAAAUAAUACCAGUUAAUACAGUUAUGUGAUAUGAGGUUAUGAUGUUAUAAGAGGCUGUAAGCAUUAUUUAAUUUGGUAGUUUUUAUGUAAUGGUGGUUAUUUAAAGUAGGUUAGUGAUUUUAGUUUUAACUUUCGUAUAUAUUUGUAUAAUCUUGAACUUUCGUGGAAAAUUAGUUACCUUGAGGAAACUAAUUUCUUUAUGAAAUUUUAAAUUUUUUACCGCUUUGUACUAAAUACUGAAGCCAGUGGUACUGACAAAGUCAUUUUUUAGAUACAAAUUUUUGAAACCUAAGACUUCACACUUUCUAUUAAAUCGUUAGUCAAAAUCUGUUCGAUUCGCCAAAAUAAAUGCAACAUUUUUUUGACUUGCGGAAAUUAGUUCCAUUAAGGAAUUUUAAUCUCUGCAUGUCGAUAUCAUCAUUAACAAAGCGUCUAAUGAGACAUUGUUUUACCAUUUACCCCAUUUUAUUAUACAGAAGUCCCAAACAUUUUUUUAUAUUUAAAUUAAUUUUGACGGAUCUUUAAUUAAUUAUAUCAGAGAAAAUGUUCAAUACAUUGUUAGUGUUCAGUUUUGUAUAAAUUUUUACAGCAAUAAAUGUUGCAGUAAUCUU